AUGGAGCAGAAGAAGAUCGACCUGAAGAAGUACGAGUACUCGGUGGUGCUCGACAGUCAUACGCCGAUCUCGGAGGAGGCGUUCGCGGCGGCGGUGCCCUCGCCGGCGAAGACCUACCCCUUCCCGCUGGAUGUCUUCCAGAAGCAGGCCAUCAUGACGAUUGAACGCGGGGAGAAUGUCUUCGUGGCGGCGCACACCUCGGCGGGAAAGACCGUGGUGGCGGAGUACGCCAUAGCGACGGCUUUCUCCCGAAACACCCGCGUCAUUUACACGUCACCGAUCAAGGCGCUCUCCAAUCAAAAGUUUCGCGAUCUGAAGGAGGAGUUUAAAGAUGUGGGCAUCAUAACCGGCGACAUUCAGCUGAACCCCGAAGCGCCCUGUCUGAUCAUGACCACCGAGAUUCUCCUGCAGAUGCUGUACGCCAACUCGGAGACGAUCAACGACCUGGAGUUUGUCAUCUUCGACGAAUGUCACUACGUAAACGACAGCAAGCGCGGCCACGUCUGGGAGGAGGUCUUCAUUCUGCUGCCCGGCUUCGUCAAACUGGUCCUCCUCAGCGCCACCGUUCCAAAUGUGAUCCAGUUCUCCGACUGGCUGGGGCGGACUCGCCAGCGAAAGACCUACGUGGUCAGUACCACAAAACGGCCCGUUCCGCUGAAGCACUACUUCUACCUGGGCCGCGACGGGAAGACGCAAUCGCAGCAGGUGCUCAUCCUCGAGGGCGAGGGCCAGCUGCUGAAGGCGAACUACGACGAGGCGGCGGAGGUGAUGAAGGAGCGGAAGGCGAAGUUUGGCUUCAUCCGCGUGACGCCGGCCGCCGAGCGCAACGUCUACCUCAAUCUGAUUCGCCACCUGCAGAAGACGGACAAGCUGCCGGUGAUCUGCUUCACGCUCUCUCGGCGCAAGUGCGACCAGAACCUGGACAUCCUCCUCGGCAUCAAGGAGGAGAACCUCUACCUGACGAGCAAGAGCGAGUCCUUCUACAUUCGCCGCUUCGUCCGCCGCCACCUGAAGCACCUCGCCGCCGCCGACCUGAAGCUGGAGCAGGUGAUGAAGGUGUCGGCGAUGCUGGAGCGCGGCUUUGGCGUCCACCACUCCGGCGUGCUCCCACUGCUGAAAGAGCUGACGGAGAUUCUCUUCAGCUCGGGCCUGGUGAAGGUCCUCUUCGCCACGGAGACCUUCGCCAUGGGCGUCAAUAUGCCGGCGAGGACGGUAGUGUUUGACUCGCUGAACAAGCACGACGGCACCUGUCGCCGCAGCCUGAAGCCCUCCGAGUACAUUCAGAUGGCAGGGAGGGCCGG